AUGCCGACUUACCUAUGCCACGGUUUCCGAUGGCAUCGCCGAGAUAUCCGUAUUUUUGUCAUCCUCAAUGACCUCGAAGACGCUGCUCCAAACUGGCUACUUGCGCCUGCGACAUCGUAUUGCGUCCUUGAUCAGUUGCACGCCAAGUACGACUUUCUACCUGAGCUCAGCCCGCCGACAACGCCGACGCAAGCCAGUGUCAGCAUUGUUAAAAAUGGCCAAAUCGAGCAAAAGUUCGACCAUGUUGAUGACGAUCAUGCUCUCCCUUCAUCACGUGUACACGAAACCGACGAUGUCGUUCUUAUGCAUUCGUGGUCCCCGGUUAGGCUUCUAGAAGAGUACGAUGUGGAUGAUAUGGCAACAGCAUGUAGACCGUAUGCUUAUGUGGCUGACCAUGCGGUGAGAAUCGAUCUGAGUGUGGAUGUAGCGGGUCAGAUGGCCAAGUACUACGAAAAGAUGGCGGGCGACGAUGGGUGGAUCGUGAAAUUAAGGGACGAGUUGCAGAAGGGGGAGCCUGUGCGAUGGUAUAUUGUCGUAUGUGGCGAUGAAGUGAGGGAAGUUCCUGGUAAGAGUGAUGAAGAAGAGAAAGAAGUUGGGUAUGAACAGAUAAGAGAUGCAGCACAAACAUGGGUGCGCACACGCCGAGGGAGAGGAAUUUUGGAAGGAUUCUCUGACUCACCAUCGGAAUCGCCGUCCGAAUACGAUGAAGCAAGCUCAGGAAAGGAAGACCAAGAUGAUGCCCUUACCAUACUAGAAGAUAUACUGGAUGGAUCCGACGGUGCUUCCACCCCAAGGCCGCUUUCACGAGAGUUGCCCGAUUUCGAUAUACCACUUCAACCCCAACCAGAUCCGAGUAGGGCGUCAGUACUUACCGCAUCAACAGUCUGGUCCCAGGAUGGGUCGUCUGGUGCUGCAACAAGACGAGAGACUCCGGAUAUUGACGCACCACUGCUCCCUAGCGAAUUGGACCCAAACAGGGCAUCCAUAUAUACUGCAUCAUCAGCUUGGUCUCGAAAGGAGUCGUUCGAUGACGGACUAGGAUUGGGUACGCCGGACGUUGAAUUGCCGCUUCUUCAGUCCGAGAACACACGGUAUUCAACCUCAACAGCAUCAGGGCUUUAUUCUGAAUAUGGGGAGCGAAAAGCUGAGCUACGAGAUUUCGUCAGAGAGCAACCACUCGUACCAAGUUCGAUAAAGGAGGUGCCAGAUAUGAUACAGCCACUCAAGCCCGAGGAGCUCGUUACGUCUAAAUCCUCGACACCCCCAACACCCAAACCUCUGAAACGACAGCUACCGGCCCCAGAACUAUAUGAUCCUGAGGAAUUCAUCCCGCCAUUCUCACCUGAUCUGUCAACUUCGGGGGUUUCUGAUUUCGAUUCAUCAGGACCCAGUGUUCCCAACAAAGAUGAGAGCGUGAAACCUUCAGAGCCAUCAUGGCCCUUAUCAUCCGAAUCACCACUCGAAUCUUCUGGAUCGAGUACAUAUCACAAUGAAGAAACGUCACUUUCGUUCGUUCCAUCCCUGAUGCAAUCAAAAGGCCGGUUAGCGACAACAUUCCAUUUGCCCAAAGAUACCAUACCCCCUCAGACACCAUCGCCAUCGACAGGGUACCCUCCUAACCCCAAGACCUUUGGACCAUCAAUGCCCAGAUUUGAAGAGAUAGUACCGCAUGCUUCUCCAUUAUUAAUAUCACCGAAUCCUGCACGUCUAGAGCAGCCAAGUUCUGGUGUCUUAUACGAAGGUGGUCAAACAAUUUCAGAACAGCAGUCACCGUCAACACCGACAGCACCAAGCAUCGGAGAUGCUCCAGUCCUGGAGCCAAACAAAACAAAAGAAGCGAAAAGUCCGGUUUCAAGCCUGCCAAGGAGUAUUCCAAGAAGUAUUCCAGUGCGAAAGGUUUCUCAACGAGAAACUCCCGAUUACACUUUGAAAAGCCCCCCAGAAAACCCAACGACACAGCCAUCUACACAAAAGUCCCCAGGAUCUCGUAUACCAAAAAGCGCGCCAAAAUCCAUACGACUUUCGAAGUUGCCUCUACCGCCCGAACCUGAGGCAAAGACUCCCGUCCGUCCACCCACCCCACCAAAACCUCGAGCUAUACAACGAGGAGGUUCAACUGUGAAGAGGGUAGGUUCAGAGAGAAGACCGCAAACAGCGCCCGAAAAAGGAAAAUCAUCAAAGCCCAAUUCUCGAACGUUAUCGAUGCCGUAUCAGUAUGAGAUACCGAGGUCUUUACAGGAAUUGGAAAGCGAAGAAGUGACAUUGGAACCUACACCAUCUGUGGCUUCAAACUAUGACUGGGGUGUCAAGUCAGAACCAAGUGCGCCACCAGAUAUAGCAGGAGAAGUCAGAAUGAGGGUGCCGCAACCCCCUCCAACCACAGAGCAAAGUCGGCAGGCUAGUGUGUCUACUCAGCAUAGUGAUGGGCUUACACAUGAAGGUGGCAAGAAUCCUAAACAUCGAAUCGGGCGAAGCCAUUCGGUAGCUGAAGGGUUUAAAAGACUAUUCAGGAGGCCAUCUCUGGCCAAGGGGACGACGCAUCGUUAA